AUGUCUCAAGAGACCUCCAAAUUCAAGGACCUGCCACGCGCAGCUUCAGGGUCACUGGCAUGUCCACACAAUGGCGAGACAAUCCUCAAAGAUGCUCGAUUUAACAAAGGGUCGGCUUUCACCAUGGAAGAGCGCAAAAUCUUCAAUUUACAUGGAUUGCUCCCGCCAAACAUCCAAACACUCGAAGAGCAAGUCCAGCGUGCCUAUGAACAGUAUACUAGCCGGAAUGAUCCUCUAGCAAAGAAUACAUUUAUGGCGAGUAUGAAAGCGCAGAAUGAAGUGUUGUACUACAAGCUGUUGCAAACUCAUCUCAAAGAGAUGUUUAGCAUUAUCUAUACCCCUACCGAGGGAGAUGCAAUCCAGAAUUAUUCUCGUCUGUUUAGAAAGCCGGAGGGGUGUUUCUUGAAUAUUAGAGAUCAGGAUAGUAUCGAUGAGUACUUGUCGAAUUUCGGCAAUGAAGAGGAAGUUGAUUACAUUGUUGUGAGCGAUGGUGAGGAAAUCUUAGGAAUCGGAGAUCAAGGCGUAGGCGCUAUUCUUAUUUCGGUUGCCAAGUUGGUUAUUACUACGCUUUGUGCUGGGAUUCAUCCUUCUCGUCAACUUCCUGUUGUGCUAGAUUGUGGAACUGAUAAUGAGGACCUGCUUAAUGAUGACCUAUAUCUCGGUUUACGACAGCACCGAGUUAGAGGCAAGGAGUAUGAUGACUUUGUCAACAACUUUGUCACUGCUGCCCGCAAACGAUUCCCCAAGGCAUUUAUCCACUUUGAGGACUUCGGUCUGCAAAAUGCCAGGAGGAUACUGGAUAAAUUCCAGCCCCAAAUACCUUGUUUCAAUGAUGAUAUCCAAGGAACCGGCUGUGUCACACUAGCCGCCAUGAUGGCUGCACUGCAUGUCAGCAAAACCAAGAUGGAAGAUGUGCGCGUUGUAAUUUUCGGCUCAGGAACAGCCGGCACAGGAAUCGCAGAUCAAAUAGCAGAGACCAUUUCAACAGAGACGCACAGGUCCAAAUCAGAUGCAUCCAAGCAGAUAUGGUGCAUCGACAAACCCGGAAUCCUCGUCAAAUCCCUCGGGGACAAAUUGACACAAGCCCAAGAAUCUUUCGCACGAGAAGACGAAGAUUGGCCUACGGAUGAAGGCCGUGACUUGCUUUCUGUGAUUAAGAAAGUCAAGCCCCAUGUCCUCAUUGGAACAUCGACAAAACCAAAGGCCUUCACCGAGGACGUUGUCAAAGAGAUGGCCAAGCAUGUCGAACGACCGACCAUCUUCCCCCUCAGCAAUCCAACACGCCUCCACGAAGCCGAGCCCAAGGACCUGUACGAGUGGACCGAAGGCCGUGCUCUGGUUGCCACAGGGAGUCCAUUCCCUCCUGUUGAAUACGGCGGUGUGAAAUACGAGAUUGCGGAAUGCAACAAUUCAACAUGUUUCCCAGGCAUCGGCCUCGGAGCCGUCCUUUCCCGAAGCAGGCUUGUCUCAAAGAAGAUGCUAGUGGCUGCUGUUAAAGCUCUCGGGGCGCGAGCCCCGGCCCUGAAAGAUUCGAAUGAACCUCUGCUUCCUGAUGUGGAGGAUGUGAGGGAGAUUAGUGUUGAUAUCGCUGCUGCUGUGAUCAAGUGCUCUGUGGAUGAAGGGCUCGCCCAGGAAGAAGGUAUCCCGACUGAUGGUUCGGACUUGAGGGAGUGGAUUCAGGUGCAGAUGUGGGAAGCGGUUUACCGGCCUCUUGUUAGGGCUAGGAAUGGGAAUGGCAAUUAG